UGUUUACUUGUUCUUGCUAUUCCACUAGGGGGAGCCUUGGAGUUAGGUCGUGGGCGCAGGAAAGUGACGACACAAAAAAAGCUGUCGACAUCAGUUUAUGGUUUUAAACGCGCCACAUAGGUCGGCCUUUGGUAGUUGUUGAAGUGCAGUUACAAAGGAAAUUUGAUUUGGCGUGUGUGUGCUGCACACAUGACGAAAAGGAGGGCAGAGGGAGUAAUGCAUCAUGAUUCGCCUCAUAAAAGACUGUGUUUUCAGUCUCUGUGCAACAACGAUACGACGUUACCAGGUAUACGAGUUGUCCAAGACGCAGACGCUUCGUCGUUGCUCUCCUUCCUCAGUAACCAUUGCAGAAAAAGAAAUUAUGUCGAUGACAGAGAAACUCAAGAAUUGUCUAGACCGCGAAAGAAGUCAUUUCAAAGCAAGACGAGCUGGACAGUCUUGACUGAUAAUGAGAACAAUUCUGGAAGGUUCCGGGAGGCAGGCGUGCAGUCGCAGUCUGUGGCACAGGAGGUUGCAUCAAAGAAACGCUCACGCGAGGAGAACCAGCUGCACGAGGCCGAAUAUAUUCGAAAUGAGUCAGAAAAAGCAGUAGAGGAUGUACCUACUUUCAACACAUUCCAGUUCUGGAGAGCACCUCUGCCACAGCUUGACAUGUCUUUGCUGCAGAACGACAAGUCUCCAGGACCCACAGCAACACAAUACACCAGAGACGUUGAAUCUAUGGAGACAUGAAGAAGAAAUGUCGUCAUUGUGUAGGCUCAUAAAGAGAAGGAAGGGAGAAGAGGAUGUCUGAGUUUCGUAGUAGUUCAGACCUUGAGUGCAUCUCGGAGCUCGAAGGCUUGUGCACUCAAACAGUACUUAUCUUUCUCUGAGUACACAAACAGGUGACUUGAUAUGUGAAUGUCUAGUCCCAUAGAAGACUAGGAUAUCUGCAGUGUAUAAACACAGGCCUAAACAAAUUACUUCACUAAACAUUCGCUGUAUGCACUGUUACUCUAUAAUCACCUUAUGUGAGUUUCACCUAGAAUUUCUCUGAAGUAAAAUUUAUGUCAUUUGAUGGCGGUUUUGCAUUAUUCUGGUGAACUGGAUUUUUUGGGUAUUUGAGUCCAGAUGCGGUCAGUCUUUUGCCCUCGUUAUGGGGCUUGUUAGUUUAUAUAUGGUCAGGAGUGGCCAUUUGCCAUAGGCUGUCAGGGGAGUUUCCGUGUCAUCUAAAUCAUAUAAUUACCUUUUUUGCUCUAAUGCUUUGCCUUAAAUAGGUCUUAAUUUGUUGCAAUCAAACUGAGGAGUAAGAGUAGGACUGUGUACCCCAAUAACAUGUAAUUUUUUGGCACAUGUGUGAAUGUUUCCCUUUGUACCUGUUCAGUUAGGUGUUUUCUUGCUGUAUUAGUAUUACGAUAGUUGAAAGUGAUCAGCCUACAUGGAAGAUAAUUCUGUGUGAACUUCCACCACCACUGUCAUAAUGUGUAUAGUAAUUGCUUUUUGGCAAUUAAAUAUUUGUGUUUCCUAUA